AUGGAGUUUUUGGUAUUGGCGAUAAUAGGUGCAACGUAUGCCUCGGUUCUUUUUGAGCCACUGGCACAAUCGGUUAGAAAUAUGAGACGGGUCAACAAUAGAUCAACUUAUACCAAUGUCAAUAGCUUUAAGCGUAAGAUUAAAAGGAGUUCAAAAAUUAAAUUAGCAAGACCUAAAGUCAAAAAUAGAAAGAAUCGUAUGCAAUGGCAACCUGAACAGACCAUAGCUACCCUGACAGCUUUCAAUAUGACUCCAGAACAAAGAGCUGCUGGUGCACGUCCGCAUAAAACGGCAAACACCGUUUGUUUCAAUGAAUCUUAUUCUAAUGAAGAACCACCUCCUUAUUCUGCACGAGAAAAAGGAUCACGACGGAAAAAACUCAAGUUAAAGUUAAGGUCAUUCUUUAAAAUCAACUGA